UAACUUAAACAGCAAGGCCAAACGUCUGCAUCGAAAAUUUUGGUGCACGGCCAGUUUAACAUUUUCGCUAAUGUGAGAGUUGUACCACCAUGGAUUACUUUAAAUCUUACACCUUUUUAAUAUAUGUCGCUGCAUUAUUAAACGCAGAGGGACUAUUAGCGCAGUACAAUAACAAUGGCGGUGCCUAUGGGAAUAAUGAUGCAUCGGUAAACUAUGGACAAAAUGGUGGCAAUUCUUACACUAUGGGCGGAGGGUCAAUAGGAGGUGGAAGCAUCGGAGGCGGUUAUGUUGGCGGUGGGAGCAUCGCAAUGCCUAAUUUGAUAUACCCACCGACACCCAUCGGCUACCAGCAGGAGCAAGGUUAUGGCUAUGGAAAUCUAUUUUUAUUAUCGGGAUUGCUUGGUGGCUUUGACAAAGCCCAAGCCUUUAUGUCCAAAUUAUACUCGGCGAAUAUGCCAAAAGAUGCUGGCCGUCCAGAUGAUUAUGGAGACAAUAACGGUUAUGGAGACAAUAACGGCUAUGGCAACAACGGGUACGGUACUAACGGUGGCUACGGUAAUGAUGGGAAUGUAUACGGGAACACUGCUUAUGGACGCAAUAUGAACGCUGGUGGAGAUCAUGUCGAAGAUCCCAGACAGAUCAUGGCCGGAUUCCGUGGUCCCAGUAUGAACGUUGGCUACAGGCAAGCGCCACCAGUUCCGGCAGCCCCUGAUGCUCCUCAGAAGAGGCGGUGACCUUAAAUAAACUCUUUCGUUUUCUGGACUUUUGUUGUUUGUUGAUCCUAGAAUUGGAGUUUUGACUCAAAGCACCAAAGAAAGUAUUUUUUGUACGAGGACACUAGAAUAAAUUAUUUCUGUGACCGAAUUAAACAAAAUUAAAAAUAGCCGAAUAUGAAUACGACUUAUACAAGCUUAGG